ACCCCUAGCAUGCACCACAGGGCAUGCUGAAACUUGCAGUUUCCACCUUUUGAGGAUGACAAGGGCAGCAGAAGCGCAGGACCUCCUGUAGGAGCUCUUAUUAGCAGGGCAGGCAGGUAAUUGGGGCGUGUGGCUGCGGUGACAGGGGCAUUGGCCAGCUCGGACUGGCGCUGGAGGGGAACAGCGCUCCUUGAUGGGAUCAGAUUAGCACAGAUUAUGCAGAUGACUUUAAAAAAGCGCUAAGUGCCUAUUGUCGGACUGGCUUUGGUGGACGGAGUGCAGGGCAGAGGAAGCGGCUACUUCAGGGACUUCGGAACAGGGACCCCUGAAACACAAAAAAUGCCGGUCAUCAAUAUAGACGACCUGACCGAGAAAGAUAAAGCAAAGAUGGAAGUGGAGCAGCUCAAGAAGGAGGUGAAGCUGGAGAGGCAGCUGGUCUCCAAAAUGUGUGAAGAGAUCAAGACCUACAUUGAGGGCAACUCCGGAGAGGACCCCCUCGUAAAGGGCAUUCCAGAAGACAAGAACCCAUUCAAGGAGAAAGGAGGAUGCGUCAUUGCCUAACGUACCCCUCCCAUAGGACUGUUUCCUUCAGUCACGCAAUGGUGUAGAUAACUCUUUGGCUAUUCUGGCUCAUUUAUAUAACCCGAUGCUGUACCGCGUGGAAGUUCACGGGGGUCCUGAGGGUUUGCACUCCGCUCACCCAUACUCUGAGGCCCAGCGAUUGGCCUGGGCACUGAACUCAGAACAGAGAAUUUAACUAAUUUUACCUCCACCUUAGGUUUAACGUGUUGCUUUAUGGGUUGUACUAGUUUGUUUUAAUAAAAUAUGUGUCUGUAAAUGGAA